GCAGUUUUCCGUGGCUCCGCGGCUGGGCUUGCGUCACGUAGGUUACGCACACAGUUACUCCCCGGGGGCUGCCCAGAACCCGCGCAAGCUGCGGCGCCUUCUCAGAUCUGCGCACCCUGAAGGCCGGGGCCGCGAUGGCGCCAGUCGGGGCCCGAGGUGGAGCUGAUCAGGGGCUGAGAAGAACCUGAUCGAUUUGGGGCCAAGCACGAAAUCCUUCCCCGUGUGUAGGCUCCGGGUUCCGGCCCGCCACUUUGCAGCCGUCAGGGUCCGCUACUCUAGAAGCCCUGAACUCUGUACCCCAUCAAGCCUCGGGCCCCCUGCGGGAAUGUUCAAAAAUGAGUAUCAGGGAGGUGCAUUUGUUGAAAUCUUUAGUGCUCAGGGGAAAAACCCUGGAGCAAGAUGGAAGAUCAUUGGCAGCCCAUCUGUAAUUUGGAAAGAAUUUGAUAAGGAAGUAAAAAGUUUUGUGUUUGUCCUGGAAGGCAGCAGUCAAACAAACAAAAUUCAGUUACCAAAGGAGAAUAAGCAAUUCCUUGGACUGAUCCAGAGGUUUCUUGUACUUCAGAUUUACAUACCCUUGGGACAAGACUUCUCCACUGAAUUGCUCAUUACUGAUUUAGGGAACAUCAAAAGAAGAUUGUAUUUAUCAACGGUCCAUAAGGAACUGUCCUCAACCCCUCUUCAUGCAAAAAUUCCACUCUUCAUGAUCAAGCGCAAAAUUUGGUGCAAUCUGUGCAUUGACUUAGUGGCAUUUACCAGUGAAAUAUUUAAGGGAGCAGUUUUCCAGUCAUUGGAUGGAAUUAUUGUCUCAGCUAACUGUAAGCUACGGAAAAUCUUCACUUUGAAAUCAAAGCCUCAAGACACUGCUGAUAAAGAGGCUGGAUAUGGUGUUCCCUUUCCAACAGAUGAACCUACCGACAUUAUUCCACGAAGCUGCCAACUAACGACAGAUGUUCCACAAGUCACACAGCUGCUAAAUAUGACUAAACUCCGCCAAACUGAAAUAAAAUUUGGAGGUCAUCCUCUCAGUUCAGCAGAAUCAGAUCAAUUCAUUAACAGAGGAAUGAGCAGUGUGCGUAACAAUAAAAGUCAAGAUGUUUGUCACAUUGCCUUUGGAUCCAAAGUUCUUGGACCACCUCCACUCUCUGGCAGAAGGAAUAACCUGAGGAUGUCCAGUGAGACAAUAAAAUCUGUUGGCUCCAAAAAUAACCGAUCAUACCAGCAGUCCACUGUGCAAAAGUGUGAAAACAGUGCAGAAAUGUCAACCUUGCUGUCUGAGUCUGAGGAACAAGGAGAUAAAGAAAAUAUUCUCCAAAUAAAGCAGACUGUACCUAUUCAUGCCAAUCUGCAUCCACAUCCCCCUCAAGAACCAUCAGCAGAUAAGAAUAAUAACAGGAGAAGAUUACGGUUAAAAAGCACCAGCAGAGAAAGGACAGAGACACCCAGCGGCAGUUCUUUGGGACAUAACAGAAAUGAAGAUAAAGCAGCAACGGCCCUCACCACUGUGCUGCAACAGAGAGCAGAGACGCUGAACCCCGGCAUUCCAGCACCCCAGUCUCUUGAUCAAGCAGAUGAGUGGAUAUUUCCUGCAAAUGAUGACCACAUUCCCCAUUUGGCAUGUAGCAGGCAGUCUUUACUUCUGGAUGAUGAUACCCACCACUCUUCAAACCUGUGGCUAGAGGCCAGCCAGGAAAGUGAACAUGACCUUCAAAGAAAAGACACCCGGAUUGUUCCAAAGAACGUUUUCACUUUUUCAUCAAGACCACGGUCAGCACCGCAUGGAAAGACACAGAAUAUGUCCCCAGAAGGCUGUCCAUUUAUUUUGGAUCUGAGCGAAGAUACCAGUAUGACAAGAGAUGCCCCAUUGGAGAAUGAUCUUUAUGACAGUGACAGCAGCGAAGAGGAAUAUGACUGGAGAAAUUAUCAACCCAGCCAGAUGAGUGAAUCUGAGUUACAAAUGCUAGCAAGCUUACGUAGGCAACAGAAUGAAGAGCUGGAGGACACUGGGGCUUCCCAUGGCCUGAGUGCAUCCCAGGUUGACAACUGUAAUGUCAGCAUAAGUACCAGCAGCGAUGACACAACCACCUGGAACUCCUGCCUGCCACCGCCUGUCAACCAAGGUCGUCACUAUCAGAAAGAAAUGAAUCCACCUUCUCCUUCUAACCCCAGGGACUGGUUAAAUAUGUUGAGUCCACCAAUUGUUCCUCCCAGUCAGCAUUCAGCAGAGCAGCAUCCGGAUUCUUCUGGAAGUUUGAGUGCUCAAGGUGAAGAGGACGGGAGUGCGGAAGAGGACGAGGAAGUGCUGACUCUGCUGUAUGACCCAUGUCUGAACUGUUACUUUGACCCCCAGACUGGGAAAUACUAUGAGUUGGUGUGAUCCCUCCUUCCACAGCAAGGAAUGCCCCUCCCCCAGGCAGAGCUGGAGGGCAGCUGUGACUCUGGGAGUUGGCACCCCAGGGUGUGUGUCGCAGGCCUGUGAAUCAAAAGUGAUGCGACAGAUGAACUCAUUUUUGUAAAUAAUGCUCAAUGUUAGGAAUACCUACAUUCAUUUUGUAGAUGUGUGUGAUUUUUGGAAAUGUGAAAGAAUUACUACAGACAUGAUUUUAGGACUUUGGAUUGGUUCUAUUUGUUGGUUCUCAGAUUGUACAUGUAAUUUUCUUUAUUUCAUAUAAUUUUGUGUGAACAAAUUAAGAGUUAUUAAUUCAAAUUUUGUGCAGUGUUAAUCUGUAAAUGAUGGCUUGAUACACAGAAAAAUGUAUUCUUGUUUCAAAGAUACCUGGGUACCUUUUAUUUUGCUACCUAUUUGUAUUAAAAAUAAAGUAUGAUGGUCAGAAUAUCUUUUAAACUGCUUUUUUUUUAAUUGACCACACUUUCUUUAUCAGAAUAUUCCUAGAUGAUACUUACUUUUCCUUAGACUCUUACAAAGUAAGCUCUAUGAACUGAUCAGACUUUUGACCACUGGUCAAAAUUACUGGUUCCAUCAUAGUUUCCCUAGAGUUUGCCAUAGAUCAGAACAUUGUUAAUCACUGUAGCUUCAUAGCGCCAUGCUUUGCUUUGUGGUUUUGUUGUUUUGUUUUGUUUUGUUUUCACCAGUUAUCUCUGAAUUCUAAUAAGAUGAUCCACAUCCAGCUCAUGUGGAUUUAACAAGAAGUCACUCAUUUGAACACCCCACAUACCACUCACUUCUGUGAGCUGGAUGUUUUCUUAAGUCCUUAAGGCUGUAUCACUGAACUCUGCUUACUGCAUCACUACAAAGAAACCAAACGCUUCUUGAAUUUGAGGAGAUCUUGAAUUGUGUGCCACGUAUAUUAAUAUUGAGCUCAAGUACGUACUUAUUAUGUUAACUGGCAUAUUUUGU